AUGGCGCGGCGCGGGUCUGUCUCCGACUUUAGCACGGACUCCGGCUCGGAAGACUCCUCUCUCUCGGACUCGGAGCUCCAGGAGGCCUUCUCGAGGGGCGCGCUGAAGCCGGGGCUCAACGUGGUGCUGGAGGAGCGUCCGAAGCGACACAACGACGUGAACGGCUUGAAGCGGUGCCUGUCCGAGUUUAAGCAGCAGCUGGCUUGGGUGGAAAGGCUGGAUGUGACUUUGGGCCAGGUCUCGGACCCCAUCGCACAGAGUGCUUCUAACAAAGAUGCUGUUGAUCCUGAGAAUGAUUUCCAGAGAGAGAUGAGCUUUUACCGACAGGCUCAGGCAGCAGUCCUGGAAGCCCUACCAAGGCUGCGUAAGCUCCAAGUUCCUACUAGAAGACCAGAUGACUACUUUGCAGAGAUGGCCAAAUCAGACCAACAGAUGCAGAAGAUUCGACAGAAGCUCAAGAGUAAACAGGAAGCAAUGGAGAGGUCUGAGAGAGCAAAACAGCUCCGUGCAAUGAGAAAAUACGGCAAGAAGGUGCAAAACGAGAUUCUGCAGAGGAGACAAAAGGAGAAAAAAAAUAUGUUGAAUGCAGUCAAGAAAUACCAGAAAGGUCUCUCUGACAAGCUGGAUUUUCUAGAUGAAGAGCAGACAUCAUCUCAGGGGAAUAAAAAAGGCAAUGCAAGUCAACAGAUAAAGAAGGGACCAAAUGCUAAAAGACGAUACAAGAAUCAGAAGUUUGGUUUUGGUGGGAAGAAGAAGGGCUCAAAGUGGAACACAAAGGAGAGUUUUAAUGAUGUAUCCAGCUUUCGAUCAAAAAUUGCUCACAACAAAGGCCCAAGAAAAGGAGGAAAGAAGGCUCUCAAUAAGAGACCUGGAAAGAGAGCAAGACAGAAAAUGAAGAGCCGAGCACGAUAAGAGGACUGUGCUCCUCAGCGGGGUUCCUGUG